CAGGUACACUGCGUAGUUACUACCGGGUAAUUAUUUCGUCAGGACUUCACUGUGUCUACGGGUGGAUGCAGUUGGUGCACGGCGAAGGCGUUAAAGCCAUCGUGACCAUGAACCAGCCAGUGGAGCUUCUACCGAACUUCUUCUCGACUCCAGUGUCUCCAGCUGAGUGGGAAAAGGCUCAAGUCGCCCAGUGUUUUGGCUCGACAGGAGACUUCUCUCCACCGACAUUGGACACAAUCGAGAGGUGUGUGAGAUUUGUUUACCAGCAGGUCGAUGUGGAGCACAACACGACGUACGUGCAUUGCAAAGCUGGACGCGGUCGAAGUACCGUGGUGGUGGUGGCUUUCCUCGUUCAGUAUCGCGAGAUGAAACUGGAUGAAGCCUUGGAGUUUGUGAAAAGCAAGCGACCGCACGUGAGUUUACACCCCAAACAGCGUCGUAUCCUGCACGAAUUCAGCGAGAAAUAUUCAUCUUCAGCUCGAGAAACUCACAACUCUACGUGA